AUGGCUGGAAAUUAUUACCGACUGCAUUCGAACGACUUUGGUCAUGCGAGGUCCCCCAAGCGCAUUAGGGGAACUGAAGAAUGUCCUAAAAACGUGGACAACUGGAGUUUCAGCCCUGUGCACUACAGCUAUUCUUUGAAGAAUUUAGAAGAAGCAGAUAGACAUUGGUUGGUGUACUCAAAGAGCAAGCUUUUUUGUUGCAAGCUUAUUUCGUCAGCUACAGUAAAAAUUUCAAAGAACGUGGAUCGUGUUUUCCGAGGGACUGCCGAAGCCCAUCAUCAAAGGCUUCUGAAUACUGAAAGCGAACAUUGGAAAAAUAUUCUUGAGCACUUAAUAGCAGUAAUUCAUUUCCUGGGUCAGCACUGUCUGCCUUUGAGAGGAAGUACAGAUACACUCUUUCAGCCUGACAACAGAAUCUUCUUGAAACUUGUUGAAUUAUUAGGAAAGUUUGACACUGUGAUGAUGGAGCACCUGCACAGAACAAAGCAAGGUGAGAACAAGGGUCAUCAUUAUCUUGGAAAAGAAACAAAGAAUCAAAUAAUUCAUCUUAUUGGAUCAUCUAUAACCAACAACAUUCUAUUAAUGAUGAAAUCUGCAAAGUAUUACAGUAUAAUUCCGGACUGCACACAAGAUAUUUCAAAAGUUGAGCAGAUGACAGUCGUGGUACGUUUCGUCCAGGAGACAAGACUCCACGGGGUAUAUGAUGUCCAAAUUUGUGAGCAUUUCCUGAGAUUUCUUCCAAUGCCUGAUUCUUUAUGCUCCACUUUGAUGCAAGUCAUACUCAAGUUCUUGGAAGAUAAAAAAAUCCUAUUGUGUAAUAUGAGAGGGCAAGAAAGAAUGAAAAGCUUGUAUGUCUUCUUCUCAUCCUCCGUUCGACAUUGGGAUGUCUUGAAGUAUCUGCUUAACCUGUCGCUGAAGCCACUGAACGAUACUAGAACAGAAGAAAAGUUUGUGUCUUUCUUGAUGGAUUCUAAGGAUUUGGCUAAAGAAUUACAGCUAGAAGAUCUGACAUUACAAUGGAUAAAUACAGUAAUCACAUCUUUGGAUGAGAGAUUCAGUCAACUGAAAGCUCAUUUUGAUUAUUUUGAUUUUCUCUACGACAUUGACGAGCUGAAGAAUACAGCUCCUGACAGCCUGGACACAAAGUGUAGAAACCUCACAUCGAUUUUGCAAGAUCAUGAGUCAAGCGACAUUGAUGCAUUGGAGUUGAGAGAUAACCUAAAAGUGCUUUCAACAUUGUUGAAACCUGGAAUAGGUCCAAAAGAGAUUCUGAAGUUUAUGGGAAGACAUAAUUUUUGCCCGAAUGUUAACACUGCUCUGAGAAUUCCCCUAACACACUCAGUGACAGUUGCGAGUCAAAGAAGAGUUUCUCAAAACUGA